AUGCAGGCAGUGCCUUUCGACCAAGAAUAUUUCAUCCUCUGUGUGGAGGAGGAGCGCAUUAUCUGGGACUGCACAUUGGACAGUUACGCCAGCAAAACCUCACGCUUACAAGCGUGGACGAGAAUAUUCGUUAGAAUGGAGCGAAGAGGUUAUAAGGGAACUAUUGAAGACCUUAAAAAAAUGUGGCGGUCGAUCGUUUCAAAAUAUAGGCGCUUCAAACAAAGUCGGAGCGGGUCGGAAGCAGUACACAAUCCGUUAAUGGAUAAACUUACUUUUCUUGAUUCGACUCUUAUCCCUCAGGAAAGCACAAGAUAUUCAAACUUCGAUAGUCUCAGUGACCGGAAUUUGGAUUCAACAAUAACAGAAGCUGGGAGUUCACAGGAACCAAGCAUCCCCGUAUUAGGCGAUCGCACUAAUAGCGUUAGCAGUAGUCUGAGCUUGAGGAGGAAAAGGAGAUUAGAAGGGGAAGAGUCCAAUGCAGUGAUGGCAGCAGCGGAGGCCGUCAGAGAUCGUCUGGACAGAAUGCGUGGAGAAGAUCGCUAUACGUGGAUAGGUUACUUCGUCGUCGAUACACUACGUCGUCUAACGGAUGCCGAAGCUGACCGCUUGAUAUACGGGAUAAUGGGACUUUGCCUUCGCAUGGGGCCCAACUACGACGCUGAAAACAAUUAUGAGCGAAAUUUGCAGAACUCAGGGGUUGGAUAAUCAUUUCGUGUGGCCCCGCCCUGCCUCGUUUUUCGCUAUUCAUUCUGUUCGGGUUUUGAUCAUGCCGGUGAAACAUCUUAUUUGUCAUCAAGCUUUUUUUGCGAAUCUUCGAAGCUUCUUACUGGUGUCAUUCGUACCUCUUUCUUUCAGAAGUACAUGUUUGCAUGUUGUUUGCAGUGUUUACACAUUUACAUAACUACUAU